AUGAAGACUGUGGUUUUUAUGCUGCUCCUGGCAGUUGCAAAUGCCAAGGUGUAUUCUAGAUGUGAGCUGGCAAGAGCUCUGAAAGCAAAUGGUAUGGAUGGAUAUCAUGGCAUCAGCCUGGCAAACUGGGUUUGCUUGACCAAACAUGAGUCUGACUUCAACACCCGGGCUACAAACCACAACUCUGAUGGCUCAACAGACUAUGGCAUUUUCCAGAUCAACAACCGUUGGUGGUGUAGUAAUGGUGUAUUUCACAGUGCUAAUGGCUGUGGAAUCUCCUGUAGUGAGCUUCUGACUGAUAACAUCUCGAGAGCUGCCCAGUGUGCCAAGACCAUUGUGAGGCAGCAGGGCAUUACUGCAUGGGUUACUUGGCGUAACUACUGCAGGGGACGUAAUUUGAGCUCAUACGUUGCCGGCUGUGGAGUUUAAGUCAAGAUCUGAAUCAAACAUCUGCUACAAGUGACAAACCAGCUGUCUUAUCACGCAGAGCCAUUUUCUUUAUAUUGAUUUUACACCAUUAAAAAUAAAUCUGGAUCAACACUAAAACAUCUUUCA